AUGUCGUGGGCAGGCUUCAAGAAGAAUGUCAACCGCGCCACGACGCAGGUGAUGAUGAAGACCGGCCAUGUCGAGAGGACAAAUGACCGAGAUUAUGAGAUUGAGGAGCGACGAUACCGGACGAUGGAGGCAGCUGCAAACCGGCUGCAGAAAGAAGCAAAGGGAUAUCUGGAUUCAUUGCGAGCGAUGACGGCCUCUCAAAUGCGCAUCGCGGAGACCAUUGACGCUUUCUACGGUGAUGCUGGCACAAAGGAUGGCGUCAGCCGAAGCUAUAAGCAGGCCGUGGAGGAUCUCGACGCGGAAACGAUUAAAGCUCUAGACGGGCCAUAUCGAACCACUGUCCUUGAACCCAUCUCCCGCUUCUGUGCCUAUUUCCCGGACGUCAAUGAAUGUAUCAAAAAGCGCAACCACAAACUUCUUGACUAUGAUGCGAUGCGCGCCAAAGUGAAGAAGUUGGUCGAGAAGCCCGACAAGGAUGCCACCAAAUUGCCGCGCACCGAGCGUGAGACCGAAAUCGCCAAGCAAGCCUACGAGCAGCUCAACGAACAGCUCUUCACCGAACUGCCGCAGCUCAUUGAUCUACGUGUCCCGUAUCUUGACCCCAGCUUCGAGGCCCUGGUGAAGAUUCAGCUCCGCUUCUGUGCCGAAGCGUACUCACGCAUGGCGCAGGUCCAGCAGUAUCUGGAUGCGGAGACCCGGGACCAGUAUGCACGCGGUGAUCUGGAUAAUCGAGUUGAAGAAGUGUUGCAAGAGAUUCGAGAUCUGAGUAUAGCUGGCACUGUUUAG